AUGCCAAACAAUUUAACCAUUAAAAAAACUAUUGACGAUGUCUGGCCUCUGACGGCAAAGAGAGUACUGAUUCGAGUAGACUUCAACGUUCCAAUGAUGAACGGUCGAAUCACCAACGACUACCGUAUACGUACAGCCAUUCCGACAAUACGUCGUGUAAUUGACCAGGGUGGCAUCUGCAUAUUAAUGAGUCACCUUGGUAGGCCUAAAGGGGUUUCUUACACAUCAAAUGAAAAGGAUAUAAAGAAGCGGUACCAUGGAGUACACUUUCACGAUAGUAAGGGUAAAACAGCUUUUUUUGGUGUUCUCCCAGGAGAAGAAAAAGCAAAGAUACUUGCUCAGUCAAGUGCCAAAGAAGAAGCGAAAACGCUCUCACUCAGCGAAGGUUCUGGAAAAACAGGUGUUUUUGCACGUCUGCCAGAUGAUGAAAAAAGAGAGUUAUUAACCAAGUACCUCAAUGAAAAUAAAGAACAUAUUUUUCCUCAACUCAGCCUUAGCGGAGGGUAUGAAGAAGAAUAUAGCCUUCGCCCCAUUGCUGUUCUACUCGCUGAACUACUCGGCCAACACGUAUACUUCGCACAUGAUUGCAUGGAUGCCAAGUCGGAAAUAACAAGACUCAAAAGAGGCGAAGUAAUGUUGCUUGAAAAUGUACGCUUUUACACUGAGGAGGGCAGCAAAAAGGAAGAUGAGCGCAUUGCAAUGGCUCGCGUGUUGGCAUCCUACGGUGAUAUAUACGUCAGCGAUGCAUUUGGCACAGCACAUCGCGAGAGUGCAACAAUGACAGGUAUCCCAAAGGUCCUUGGUCACGGUGCUGCUGGUUAUCUCAUGGAAAAGGAGAUUGAAUACUUUGCCAGGGUCCUGGGCAAUCCAGCACGUCCCUUGGUGGCGAUUAUUGGUGGUGCUAAGGUAAGUGACAAGAUUCAGCUCCUGGACAAUAUGCUGCAGCGCAUUGACUACCUCAUCAUUGGUGGCGCCAUGGCAUACACCUUCCUGAAGGCGCAAGGCCACAAGAUCGGUAUCUCGAUGUGCGAAGAAGACAAACUGGACCUGGCACGUUCAUUGCUGAAGAAGGCUGAGGAGCGCAAGGUUCAAGUACUUCUGCCCCUUGAUCACGUGUGCAACAAGGAAUUCAAGGCUGUGGACUCACCUCUGGUGACAGAGGGCGUGGACAUCCCCGAUGGCUACAUGGCACUUGACAUCGGCCCCAAGACCAUCGCAAAGUACGUGGAUACUAUUGCGAAGUGCAAGAGUGCGAUUUGGAAUGGGCCGAUGGGUGUAUUUGAGAUGACACCGUACUCGAAGGGCACUUUUGCUAUUGCGAAGGCUAUGGGCGACGGGACGCAGCACCACGGGCUUUUGAGCAUCAUUGGCGGUGGUGACAGUGCAAGCGCCGCGGAAUUGAGCGGUGAGGCGCCUCGCAUGUCGCAUGUCUCUACUGGAGGAGGUGCAUCGCUGGAGCUGCUGGAGGGCAAGACUCUUCCUGGUGUUGCUGCACUCGAUGAUAAGCAGUAG